AGCACGGUCACGGUGUCGCCAGACUUCCGUGUUGUCGUGCUGUAAACGUCAUUGUCUUCACCCUGUCGGCUUGGUCCUCUCACGGUAACAGACACGGAGAGGAGGUCUGCUCUUUCCUGUGAACGAAAACAUAACAGGUCGUCCUGCAGCAUGAGUCAGCGGACAGAGCGACGGGGGAUACAUGUGGACCAGUCAGACCUGCUGUGCAAGAAGGGCUGUGGUUACUAUGGCAAUGCAGCAUGGCAGGGCCUGUGCUCCAAGUGCUGGCGGGAGGAGUACCAGCGGGUACGGCAGAAACAGAUCCAGGACGACUGGGCUUUGGCAGAAAAGCUGCAGCGAGAGGAGGAGGCAGCAUAUGCCAGUAGCCAUGGAGCGCAGACGCAGUCCCAUUCCCAGACCACUGUACCACAGCCACACUUAGCGCAUGCCUCUCUGGGACCCUUCUCCAAGUUUGAGGAGAAGAAGACCAACGAGAAGACAAGGAAAGUGACCACCGUUAAGAAGUUCUUCAGCCCGUCAUCGCGCACUGCGCCCAAGAAAGAAACGCAAGACUGCAAGACCACAAGUCCGUCCAUUAGCCGCCACGCCAGCUUUGAUACGGACCAAGUGUCCAAGGACUUUGUGGACUUCUUAAAAAACCUCCAGAAGCCCGGACGGGAGGUCUACAAGCAGAGCCGAGCCUUCAUUGUGAACAUGUCGAGCAAGAAGGACCUGAGUGCUGACGAACUGUCGGAGUGUGUUCAGGAUUUCUACCAGAACAUGGCUGACCGCUUGAUGAGUCACUUUAAAGGCUCUUCGGACUCUGUGGAGCAGGUGAUGGACCAAGUGGAAAAGUACAUAAUGACUCGUCUGUACAAGAGCGUGUUCUGUCCAGAAACCACUGACGAUGAGAAGAAGGAUUUAGCCACACAGAAGAGGAUAAGAGCCUUACACUGGGUGACCAUCCAAAUGCUGUGUGUGUCUAUGGACGAGGAAAUCCCGGAAGUCUCUGAGAAUGUGGUCAAAGCAAUAACAGAUAUCAUUGAGAUGGACUCAAAGAGGGUUCCUCGGGACAAACUUGGGUGCAUCACACGCUGCAGUAAGCACAUCUUCAGUGCCAUUAGGAUCACCAAGAACGAGCCGGCCUCUGCUGACGACUUUCUCCCAGCCCUCAUCUACAUCGUGCUCAAGGCUAACCCUCCCCGACUUCAGUCUAACAUCCAGUACAUCACCCGCUUCUGUAACCCCAGCAGGCUGAUGACCGGAGAGGAUGGAUACUACUUCACCAACCUGUGCUGUGCAGUGGCCUUUAUCGAAAAGUUGGAUGCUCAGUCUCUCAACCUUUCCCCAGAGGAAUUUGAGCGCUACAUGUCAGGCCAAGCCUCACCGCGCCUCAACAGCACAGAAACUGACUGGCCUCAAACCGGUCCAGCAGUUGGGAUGGUUGCCACCAACCCCGUCCUGGCUCAGCUCAAUCACAAUCUGGAGCUGCUGUCAGGCCUCAGCAGCCGGCAGGAGACUCUGAUGGAGGCUGCUCAGAGCAUGCAGGCUGACCUCCUCUCCUGGCCUCAGGGUGUCCAGCGGGAAGUGAACGACAUCCUGGAAAAAUACCCUUUAGAGAUUCAGCCUCGCACAGCUUCUGCAAUUGAUGCUAACAGCAUGGACAAUGACAGCCUUCUACCACCGCUCACGCCCCAGAUGUUUGCUGGGUAGUGGAGUCUACAAAAUCAUGAAAGAAGGUCCUCCUGCUUUGAAAAAUCAGUUUAUUCCCCCAAUGUUUGAUGGUAUGUCAUUUUAUUCUCUUGUACGUGCUAAAUAAUCAGCAAAACAUUCAAUUCAUAAUUUCAAAUAUCAAUUUCAAAAAUGUCAUUUUCCCUUUUGGUGAAUUUUGACAUGCAAAUCUGUGCCAUCCCAACAACAAGGUCUCUGUCAGAUGGUGCUGAGCUUUAAAAAACAGAGAGCUAGAGAGUUCAAAAUGUGGGACGUUAAUGUAGCUGGCUGAGUUGGACCAUUCAGUUUUCUGUCAGCUCACACAAAAGGGAUGGUUUUUAGACAGUUAUGAGACAGGAGCUGAUGGUCCACCAGGUUUCAUGAAUAAACUUUGGGGAAUUUAUUGUAGCUUUUUAUAGCAAACGGUCAGUUAUCAAGCUCGACAAUUGACCGUUUGAAAGCUAGCUAGCAUGGGAGGCGUAUUUUUCUCUCUCCAGAAACUCUUCAUAAAAGUAAAUGUGCAGGAGGGAGAAAAUGGCAUUCUGCAGAGUAAUAUAAAGAAGCACAGAGAGAUGUUGUCAUUGAAGCUAGCAUGUUUCUGGCCUGCUGUUACUCAGCCGCUAGGCUACCGUAGUUCACUAACUAGCAAGUGGUUUAUACAUGGCGAGUAGAAACUAGGUAAAUAUUGUUUUUUGUAAUGUCUUAGAUGUGAAAAAGACGUGAUGUUUAAUUUCUUUAACAAAACAACCUGCUAAACGUUAUGUAAAGCGCAGGUGAUGUUAGCUUGCUGGAGUAGCUAACACAUGCUAGGCCCAUAAAACUAUGCUAAACAUGAAAACAUGAAACAUUCUUGCCUUGUCAGUUUGAUCACACCGCUUAACAAAUUUAUAAUAUAGAACUUCAAAAUCAUUUUUUCUUGCUCCCACUAAAAAUGUAUGAUGUACUGUACUGUACUGACUGACAUUAAUGUGUUGGAUCAUUUUUUUCCACACCUUACACCUUAUGUUAAAAUGCUAAUGUUGGACACAAGCUAAUUUAAAAAUUACUGAAAAUGAAGUCAUAUCUUCACAGAAAUACAUAAUACAUUUCAAUGUUUGUGUGGCAUAUUUUUGUACUCACAUUGUAGUGUUAUUAUCAUCUCGUGCGGUGCAAAAAGGAGUGAGCACGUCUGUGUUGGAGUUUGUGGUUAUCACAUCCCCUGUAGAGCCCUCAGCUGGUUUCAGCUAACUCUGACCAAUGGAAGCACACUGCAAACAAAAUGGGUUACAGCAUGCAGCCUGUGAACUUCUGUAUAUUACUGAUGUGUUUGUGUUUCUGUUUGAGGCCAGUUUAACUUCUUAAUGUAGCAGCCUAAUGCCAUUUCUUGCUGUUUAUGUGUCGGCUUGGUGAAGUGAAAUCCAGCUGUAACAGAUUUAGGACACACAACUGCUCUGGAACAAGUUCAUGUUUUCUCAUUAUCAUCAAGCAUCAAAUUAACUUGAAGAGGUCCUCCAUGUUUUUUUUUAUAAACACUCUAUUUUUUAACAUUGUACUGUGUUUUUAGAAUUUACUGUAUUUUGGUAUCCUUUUUGCACAUUCACCUCAAUGAUGAAUCAAAAUCAAAAUGUAAUACACGUGCUAUUUUAAGGAAUAUUUUGAGUAAUAUCUUUGAAAUACUGAUUUAUUUAGUCUCUUUGUGAUGCACUGUGAUGCAAAACUGUCUCCUGUUGUCUAAUUGCCUGUUUAAACACUGCUGCCGUACCACUGAUCUGUUGUGGGUCUUUUUAGUACCAAAUGGCAUAACAUCACUUUUAAUUCAACAGCUAGCAUUGAAUCAAAUGCACAUACACGUAUGAGCAUGUGAAUUGCCACAUUAACUGAACUGUAUUUAGAACCAGAGCCUUAGUAUCAUGUGUGGUUUUAACAAACCAAGACCAACACGAUGUUAGCUGGCUAAAAGUCACCCUGUUCAUUCUGAAACUUGGUUCUUUAACAUCAGUUGUAACUGCCUCUGAUCAUAUGAUGGGACUCAUGAAUUGUUAGCAAUGCUACUGCAGGCUGUUAAAGGAUAAGUCUGGUUACGGUUUGCAUUGGUCUUAUUGUCAACAAAUCCUGUGUAAUUACCAAAACCAAGAAUGAACUGAUCUACUAAAAAGUGUGAAUCCAAAGCCUUGUGCAUCGUGUUCCUCUGUCUCGUAGAGCUCUGUGGUUGUCCAAAAACACGAUUAAAAACACGUUGGUAAGCCAGA